AUGGCCCAAUUCGGUAGCAGCGCAACAAAUCGUAGAGCUGAGAACUCAAUUUCGUUAAUAUCGAGUGCGUCUCAAUCUGGAAUUGAACCGUUAUGUUUGUGUGGAUCCAAAGCAGCGAUAAGAUCAGUUAAGAAGAAAGGAAGAAACUUGGGGAAGCUAUUUUGGGGAUGCAGAUACUUUAAGAGUGAAGAUGAUAAUCCUGGUUGCAAUUUUUUUCUGUGGUAUGAAAAUCAACAUAGUGAUGAAGGCAAACAAGAGAUACAACACGCUGCAUUAUCAAGGUGUUCUAAAUGUGACGAAAAGGAUUUACAACUCAAGAUGCUUAGGAGGGAUGACAACUACAACAAGGAUAUCAUGAAGAACAUUUUGAAGAUGAUGAAGAUGCUAUUUUAUGUCAUAAUCUGUUUAGUUUUGAUUGUUGUAGUGUUGAUUUGUAUGUUGUUUAAGGAGUGGUGAUCAUAGUUAAUGUUAAUGUUAUGGUUGUAACAAGUAGUUUUUGGCCCCUUGAUGUAAUAUUUUAUGACAAUUGGAGUUUAAUGCUAUCUUCUUGAUCUGUGUUGCAUAUUCCAGUUUUGAUACUG